GGUCCAUGCAGCCAUGGACUGGCUCAUGGGGAAGUCUAAGGCAAAGCCAAACGGCAAGAAACCUGCUGCAGAGGAGAAGAAGGUGUACCUGGAGCCAGAGCAUACCAAGUCCAGGAUCACUGACUUUGAAUUCAAGGAGCUGGUAGUGCUGCCCCGGGAGCUCGACCUCAACGAGUGGCUGGCCAGCAACACAACAUUUUUUCACCACAUCAACCUGCAGUAUAGCACAAUCUCAGAAUUUUGCACAGGAGAGACGUGUCAGACAAUGGCCGUGUGCAACACACAAUACUACUGGUAUGAUGAGCGGGGGAAGAAGGUCAAGUGCACCGCCCCCCAGUAUGUUGACUUUGCCAUGAGCUCUGUGCAGAAGCUGGUAACUGAUGAAGAUGUGUUCCCCACAAAAUACGGCAGAGAAUUCCCCAGCUCCUUCGAGUCUUUGGUGAAGAAGAUCUGCAAGUUUCUGUUUCACGUUGGCCACAUCUACUGGGCCCACUUCAAGGAGACCCUGGCCCUUGAGCUGCAUGGACACUUGAACACACUGUACGUGCAUUUUAUCCUCUUUGCCAGAGAGUUCAACCUGCUUGACCCCAAAGAAACUGCUGUCAUGGACGACCUCACUGAGGUGCUGUGCAGCAGCCCGGGUAACAGUGGUGCCACUGGGGAUGGGGCCAGCAGUGGAGCUUCCGGAGCACAGAACCACGUGAAGGAGAGAUGAGUCUCCAGGGCCAGAUGGGUGCACAUGUGCAAAACGACAACUGUGUGUCUGUGUGUGCGCACACAUGCCCAGGCAUG